GCAUGCAGCAGAAAGGUAAUCUACGCCACGCCCACGGCCAGCACUGCAUUCGACAAACAAAUUUUCGAUUAAAAUCUUUUUCGGAGAUGUACUGUAGAGGAUUUGUAAUCAGAAUUGCGGAUUAAAUAAUACAGGACAUUUUGCCCAUCAUGUCAACGAGUGCCUUUUUCACCGAUGCCUUGGCGGUUAUACAACGUACCGUUGAUGUGAACAUAAAUGCUGUAGAAUCACAAGACAUUGAGGAGCAGUACCAAGUGGACCGCUGUGUUCAGUUUAUCAACAACAAGAACUAUAAAAAGGUUGGUUUACAGUUCCCUGAUGAUCUAUUGCAUCUGUCUUCUAGAUUGGCUGGUAUUCUGCAGUCAAAGACAUCAGCUAUAGUCUUCAUCCUAGGUGAUACCUCCUAUGGCAGUUGUUGUGUGGACGAGGUAGCGGCCCAACAUGCUGGAGCAGAUGCUAUCAUUCACUAUGGUCCAGCAUGCCUUAGUCCGACCAAAAGAUUCCCUGUUCUCUACGUCUUUGGCCAGGGAAAGAUUGACGUUGGUAAAUGCAGUGAGAGAUUCCGAUCAUUGAUAACAGACAGGAACAAGCAUGUUCUUAUUCUCUCAGAUGUCAUAUAUUCCCAUGCCAUAGAUGAGCUCCAAGCAAGGCUUGAAGAAGAUUACCCAAGUGCUGUUUUUGCUAGGAUUGACUCAACAGAAACUAUUCCAUCAUCCCAAGAUGAGAGCCAAAUGGAGUUAAGCAAGUCAGGUCUAAACUGCGAGUGUUCUUCAGGUACAUGCUGCAGUAAAGGUCAAGGAAACACUCAACCAAAGGUACCAACCUCACCGGUCAAGAGCAGAGAGGGUACAGAGGAAGGCCAAAGCAAUGAACAUAGUCAAGAACAAGAUUCUACAAACAGAGAAAGUGUGUCAAAGGAACCGUCUCAGACUCGAUUCUUUGGGAGGACAUUCGAUUUAAAAGGCAGCACUCGUCUUGAGGACUUUGUAGUCUUCUAUGUCGGUGCGGAGGGAAGGACGUUGACGAACUUCAUGAUGGUUCUUAACAAGUGCACCUUCUUUACGUUUGACCCGGCGACCUGUCGCGGGAGACAGGAAACGCUCAACGUCAGUCGGACUCUCAUGCGACGAUACCAUCUGAUAGAGAAGGCAAAGGACGCCAAUGUGGUCGGCAUAUUAGCUGGCACAUUGGGUGUUGCAAGCUACCUUGAUAUCAUCACUCACCUGAAAAAACUACUAAAAAAUGCAGGGAAAAAGAGCUAUGUGUUUGCUGUUGGCAAGCUGAAUGUUCCUAAGCUUGCCAAUUUCAUGGAAGUUGAUGUGUAUGUGUUGGUCGCCUGCCCAGAGAAUAGUCUUAUGGACUCUAAGGAAUUCUAUCGUCCUGUGGUGACACCAUUUGAGAUGGAGAUUGCGUGCAAUGAGGCCAGGGAAUGGACCGGUGAAUACAUAACGGACUUCCAAACACUAGUCCCAGGUUCAAGCAAACAUGUGGAGAUAUCAACCUCUUCUGUUACUACUGAUAGGACAGAUGUGUCUUUGAUAACAGGCAAGCUACGAUCACUAGGUAACAGAGAUGAUAGUAUGUUGACGAAGGAUACCAGGACACUUGUGAGCAAGGAGACACUAACAAUCUCAAAUGUACAUAAGAAUGCAAGUGAAUUUCUUAUUGGUCGGUCAUGGCAGGGAUUGGAACAGAAGCUUGGUGAGACUCCAGUUACCAUGGCAACUGAAGGCAGGAAAGGAAUUGCUGCUGGAUACACACAUGAAGACACGUGACAACAGCACGAUUGACGCUCAGAUUCCCCGGGGCAGUGUUACAACACCAUACCUUUGUAUAUGAUAAGUUGACUGCCAUUGAAUUUGAGUGAUAUAACAAAAUGAUGUCUUCAUUGGCCUUUAGAUUAUAAGUCCAGGGGGCCGUUUCAUAAAGCUGUUUGUAAGUUAAGAGCAACUUUAAGAAUGACUGGUGAUCCUUUCUU